UGCCCGGAGAGACCCCCCCCGACCCCGGGGGGGCUUCGGGGUGACCCCAACCCCGCGCUGUCCCCCAGCUUUAGGCGCGAUCCGGCCCCAUGAGCCGCGCCGCGCUCCUCCUGGCCGUGCUGGGGCUGCUCCUGCCGGGGGUCGCGGGCGCCGCGGGGACCCCGGCGCUGCUCCCGGAGGACGCGGCGCAGGAGCACGGCUACUACCUGCGGCAGCUCUUCGGGCAGUACGGGCACAACGGGACGCUGCCCUCCGAGGGGCUGGCGCGGCUGCUGGGCAGCCUGGGGCUGGGCAGGGUGCAGGUGGUCCAGAUCCAGCACGAGGAGCUGGGCCACGGCCACGUCAGCCACCUGGACCUGCUGGAGGUGCAGCAGGACAAGCACCGGCACCGGCACCCGCUGCGGGAGCACGGCCCCGACGCGGCUCCGAGCACCGCCGGACCCCCCAGCCCCCCGCCCUCGCAGACGCCGAGCUGGCCCCAGCCGGUGCCCGCCGAGCCCCCCGCGGCUGCGGGGGUCCCCCGGCACUACCAGCCCACCCUCAGCCUGCUGGGCAGGGUGCUGGGCUUGGAGCACUCCAGCGACCACCCGCACCACGAUUGCCUGAACGUGAGCCAGCUGCUGGUGAAUUUCGGGCUGGACUCGGCGGCGCAGCUGACCCCGGAGCAGUUCACGCUGCUGUGCCCCGCGCUGCUCUACCAGAUCGACAGCCGCGUCUGCAUCCGGCACCGCGAUGAGGUGACGCUGCCCCCCCCGGGGGGCACCCCGUGGCCAGCGCUGGGCUGGGCGCUGCUGGCCGUGCUCUCCGUGAGCCUCCCGUCCGCGCUGGCCGUGCUGCUGCUCCCGCUGCGGGCCCGCGGCUCCUUCCGCUCGCUCCUCGCCUUCCUGGUGGCCCUGGCCGUGGGGACGCUCUGCGGGGACGCCCUGCUGCACCUCUGGCCGCACGCGCAGGGGAGGCACCCGGAGGCUCCGGGGGAGCCGAGCCCCGCCGUGCUGCAGGGGCUGGCGGUGCUGGGGGGCAUCUACCUGCUCUUCGUGCUGGAGCUGCUCCUGGGGAUGCUGCGGCGCCGGCGCGAGGCCACGGGACGCCCCCAUGGAGAGACCCCCGCGGGGGUCCCGGCACCGUCACCGGCAGGGACCGAGCUGCGGCUCCUGACGGCGCCGGAGGCGGAGCCGGAGCUGAGACCCCCGGGGACCCCCCGGGAGCCCCCCCGGGGACCCCCCCACGGACACUCCCACGGCCCCGCGCUGCCCCCCGGGCCCGGCGCCGCCGACAUCGCGUGGAUGGUGGUGCUGGGGGACGGCGUGCACAACCUGACCGACGGGCUGGCCAUCGGAGCCGCCUUCUCUCACAGCCUCUCCAGCGGGCUCAGCACAGCGCUGGCCGUGCUCUGCCACGAGCUGCCCCACGAGCUCGGUGAGCUCCCCGAGGCGCUGCGCGGCUCCGGCGGGGGCACCUGGAGCCGCCUGGCGCUGCAGAACGCGGGGUUCCUGCUGGGCGCGGGCAUCAUGCUGGGCAUCGCCCUGGCCGAGGGGCACCUGCGCUCCUGGCUGCAGCCCUGA